CAGGUGCACCCAUAAAACAGCUCGGGUUCAAAUGACCUGGCUCCAUACUAGUAGGCAUCACACGCAAGCUAAACGGUUACACGUGGGAUCGGACCUUGGACUUUCUUGCCCAAACAUGAAUUACAUAGUAUGCAAUUGGCAAUCAACCAGAAUCAACUCUCGUUGACAAUAUGUUCCCUCUGUAUAACUACUUUUUAAAUACUUACACAUAGCUUUUGGCAGCUAGCGACCAUGCCGACCGCACGGUUAACGUUUCUAUAUCCUCACCUAUUCCGUGCGGCUCGCUUCGGCGAGUCUUCAGCCCAUAGGGCGAAGAUCCGAUGUCGCAAGUCUCCGAACGAUUGUAAACCACGCAUGGUCGCUUUCUCCUCCACAACCCCUUCGAGGCAGGCUGUUUUUGAGAGACAUGGUAAAGCCGUAGAGCCAUUCCCAGUUACGCCAGACGUCGUGAAUCUCCCGGCACCCAGCACCGAUCCGUCGAAAUUGUCCAACUUCGAGACGGCUACUAAGAAGAGUGCGAGUAAGGAGAAGGAGACGGCGCAAGACCCUGAAGAGGAGGAAGAUGUAGUAACGAAGGAGCCGGAAAAGGGCGAGGCGACGUCGCAGGCAACACCGACUGCCUCUAGCUCGUCGUCCUCAACACCUCGACAAGCUGCGACGGAGGCCAAAAUGCAAGAGAGCGGACCAAUGGAAGCAGUGCUACAUAUGCCACCGCCGGAAGAGAUCCACCCUCCUCAUAUUUCGACGCCUCCUUAUGUCCAUCAUUUCGACACCUACACCUUGGUUAAAGAGUUGGAGGCAGGUGGUUACACCAAGGACCAGGCCAUCACGUUGAUGAAAGCUAUUAGAGGACUUCUGGCUCAGAACCUAGAUGUCGCCCAGGAAGGGCUGAUCAGCAAGAGCGAUGUCGAAAAUGAAACGUAUUUGUUUCGUGCGGCCUGCUCUGAGCUCAGCGCCGAAGUUCAGAAUAACAGAAAGACCGCUGAUGAGACUACGCGUCAGCAGCGAACCCAGUUGCAGCACGAGGUCGAUAUCGUCAAUCAGAGGAUGAGCCAGGAUCUGAUGACGUUGAAGGAUGAUGUCAAGGGCAUGUUCAACGACCGCAGGAUGAACGUAAGGGAAGAGCAGAGGACCAUGGAGAGCGCUAUUCAACAGCUCAACCUCAAGAUUAGCGUGGAUCUAAACAGCGAUUCCAGAUCGGAUAUAGAAGGUUUGAGAUGGGUGCUUAUUCGUAGAUCCGUCCUAGGCAUCCUCUUCAUGGCGGUAUGCACGCUAGGGACUCUACGUUAUGCUACGUAUCUCAAGCACGAGAGACAGAGGGAAGUAGAAGAAAAAGCUCGUGAGGCCGAGAAGUUAAGGAACAACCACGGAAGGGAGGAUCGUGCUCCCCCGGUGGACGCGGCAGAGAUCUUGGCGGCCAAUUGAAAACAUGAUACCCAUGGGAAUAGACAGCGGCAGUAAAAGAAACGCGCGUUUCAUCGGGUUCUGGAUUGCGUUGCGUAUGUAUAGACGUUUGCAGCGCCUAAAGUAGCGUGAAGUCAUGCAAGAAUUGAUACCCCUUGAUCAUAUCAAUCGAAAUAAACUAUCCCUAACGCCGACCCGCAACCUAUGUAGUGAUUAAUCAAGUAAUGGCGAUUCUCAAGUAGAAGAAAGUCUCUAAGACUAGCUUCUGUCUUUCUGGUCGGAAGCUUCCCUCUCGACGGCCUUCCGUAAUCGUUCCUCUUGUCUUUUCCAAUGGCUUCCCUCUUCGUAGUUCUUGCUUAUCUUCAGCGCGUUCCGCAACCGCUCGCUCUCCUUGAUCUUCGCGUCGGCCAGCUCGUGGACUUGGUGCGCCUUCAAUUGCUUCCGCGGCGCCGCGUCUCGGCCGCCCUUGUUCAUCUUCGCUUGCAAUUCCUUGCGCAGGGCGUCGCAGCGCUUAUCGAUCUCGUCUUCAUCGACUCUAUCGUACAUUAGUCAAAGAAAAAAAAUCCGAUGCGUACGGAUGGCAUGAGUAUGGAAGCAUACCCUUCGUCCUCAAGCUGGUCCCG